UUUUUAUUUUUUGGUUUCAUCACUUAUUUUUGAACUGACAAAACAGGGAUGGCUACCAGCAUCACAUUUUCAGAAGCUUAUAUUGAGGCACCCACCUGAGAAAAUUAGGUGUACCGAACUAAACUAGCAGAAUACAUGCAUUAACUUCACUAGAGAGAACGUGGUGGCUAGGUUCUAGUUCAAAUUAAUUUGAUUUCUAAUAAGCUAAAGAUAGUUACGAUUAGGUAGUUAAAGUUAGGGUACCUUUGAGAAAUCAAAAAAUGGAGUCUUUGCUUAUUAGGUCGUUUCAGAGACCAUCCGUUCCACUUGCAGCAGAGUUCUCUCCACUCAAAACCAGUUCACGCACAAUAUUACGAGUUUUGAAGUGUAAAGCAUGGAAGAGACCAGGAAAGCACGAUUCCACUUCUAUGAAGUUGCAAAGGCAGUAUAUGACGCAGGAGCUUGUUGGAGGCAGUUAUGGAAGCAUUAUUCCCACUGAUCGAAAACUUAAAGAGAGGUUUUUGGUGCAUGCAUCCUCUGAACAUCCUCUUGAAUCUCAACCUUCAAAGAGUCCAUGGAACUCAGUGCAUGAUGCAGUGGAUGCUUUCUACAGGUUCUCGCGGCCCCAUACCGUAAUAGGAACAGCAUUGAGCAUAAUUUCAGUUUCUCUCCUUGCAGUUGAGAAGUUCUCUGAUUUCUCUCCAUUAUUUUUUACCGGGAUGUUACAGGCUAUUGUUGCUGCCCUAUUCAUGAAUAUUUACAUAGUUGGUUUAAACCAGUUGUCUGAUAUUGAAAUAGACAAGGUAAACAAGCCAUAUCUUCCAUUGGCAUCAGGGGAAUACUCUUUGCAGACUGGAGUAAUUAUCGUGUCGUCUUUCGCCAUUCUGAGUUUUUGGCUUGGAUGGAUCGUUGGUUCCUGGCCUUUAUUUUGGGCUCUAUUCAUCAGUUUUGUACUAGGAACUGCCUACUCAAUCAACCUGCCACUUUUGAGAUGGAAGAGAUUUCCCUUGGUUGCUGCAAUGUGCAUCUUUGCUGUACGAGCAGUGAUAGUUCAGAUAGCCUUUUAUUUGCAUAUUCAGACUUAUGUGUACAGAAGACCAGCUGUCCUUUCAAGACCUUUGAUAUUUGCAACAGCAUUCAUGAGCUUUUUCUCAGUUGUUAUAGCAUUAUUCAAGGAUAUACCUGAUAUUGUUGGUGACAAGAUUUUCGGAAUUCAAUCUUUUACUGUGCGCUUGGGUCAAGAGAAGGUCUUUUGGAUUUGUAUAUCUCUUCUCGAAAUGGCUUAUCUUGUUGCCAUUGUAGUGGGUGCAACUUCUUCCAACAUCUGGAGCAAAUAUUUUACUGUUGUUGGUCAUGCUGCUUUGGCUCUUUUACUUUGGACUCGAGCCAAAUCAAUUGAUUUCAGUAGAAAAGCGGCAAUAACAUCUUUUUACAUGUUCAUAUGGAAGCUUUUCUAUGCAGAGUAUUUGCUCAUACCACUUGUGAGGUGAAUAACAAAGAACAUGAGUAAUGCAGUCUUGUUCUGAUGAUGGAUGGAAGUGUUCUGGCAGCUUGUCAAUUCUCUUAAAUUUUCGAAAUUAUUCUAAUUCUGGUUAAUGUAACUCUAAGUGGAGAUCUAGCAACUAAUUCUGCGAAAUACCAUUAAAACAAGCGUUUUAUUGCAUUUUUAUA